CUAUACAUGUUUUCAGCUCUAAAAACUCUUCACCUUCUCUCUCUCCAGAUUUUGAGAGAGAGGUGUGGAAAUGUUCUUCUUAAUCACUUGAUAAAUUACACAGAGAAAAAAAGUAGAAGAAGCAGAAAUUAGUAUUACUGUUUCAGUUGUUUGUUGAAAUUACUAGCUGAAAAGAUGAUGAGAAGAAGAAGAUCAAUAAAUACUAUCGUGACAACAAGGCUAGUGAAAUUUCUAUUGCUUCUAGCACUUGGUAACAUUAUUGGGAUUAAUGGAGAACGGGAUGACGGGCACUGCAAGCUGAGUACGGCUUUAGUGCCAAGACCUCACAGUGUGUCUAUCUUGGAGUUUGGAGCAGUUGGGGAUGGAAAAACACUGAAUACUAUUGCUUUUCAAAAUGCCAUCUUUUAUGCCAAGUCGUUUGCUGAUAAGGGUGGUGCUCAACUUUAUGUACCAUCUGGGAGAUGGCUCACCGGAAGCUUCAAUCUUACUAGCCACCUAACACUCUUCUUGGAAAGAGGUGCCUUCAUCCUUGGAACUCAGGACCUGUUGCAUUGGGGUAUUGUUGAGCCAUUGCCCUCAUAUGGUCGAGGAGUUGAACUUCCAGGCGGUAAAUAUACCAGCUUGAUAACGGGAUACAAUUUAACGGAUGUGAUUAUAACAGGUGAUAACGGAACAAUUGAUGGCCAAGGUUCUGUUUGGUGGGAAUGGUAUAAUUCACAGUACUUGAAUUACAGCCGGCCUCACCUUGUGGAGCUAGUCAACUCCAAUGAUAUUUUAGUCUCGAACUUAACCUUCUUAAACUCUCCUGCUUGGAGCAUCCAUCCUGUCUAUUGCAGUAAUGUACGAAUUCAUAACAUUACAAUCCACGCUCCAUCUGAUUCUCCGUAUACGUAUGGCAUCGUCCCAGAUUCUUCUGAUAGUGUAUGCAUUGAGAACUGCACCAUUAGUGUUGGUUAUGAUGCCAUUGCGCUCAAGAGUGGUUGGGAUCAAUACGGCAUUGUAUAUGGUAGACCCACCACAAAUGUCCAGAUCAGGGAUGUUCACCUCGAAGCAUCUCUAGGCUCUGGUCUUGCAUUCGGGAGUGAAAUGUCAGGUGGCAUCUCUAACAUACGUGCAGAGAACCUUCAGAUUCAUGACUCAUAUACCGGGAUCAAAUUCAAAACUACCAAAGGAAGAGGGGGUUACAUGAAAAACAUACUCAUAUCGGACGUGGAGAUGGCAAACAUUCACAAUGCAGUUGAAGCUACAGGUCAGUAUGGGUCGCAUCCUGAUGAUAGUUUUGAUCCUAAAGCUCUACCAUACGUAGGUCUCAUUACAUUGACCAACAUUGUCGGCACAAACAUUACUGUCGCUGGAAUCCUAGAUGGAAUUCAAGAAUCUCCCUUUACUCCCAUCUGUUUUUCCAAUCUCUCUUUAUCUAUGAAUACCAAUCAUUCUUCUUCCACAUAUUGGGAUUGUUCAUAUGUUUUUGGAUAUUCUCAAUCCGUCUUCCCCGAACCAUGCCCGAACCUCCAGAACCCAUACUCGCAUUUUACUUCCGCUUGUUUUUCAUUUAUUCAGCUUGGUUCUCGUGCUGCCGAAGUGUUGUGAGAUCAUAUCACCAUCAUUCAUUCAAUCCCUUUGUACAAUGAGAUAGUCUCAAAUUCAACUUCCAAAAAAAAGAAAAAGAAAUACAGAUAUCAUUCAAUACUUGUUUCCUUGGAACUUCAGUUUCUUCAUGUGUACAGCCUCAUUUCUUCAUUGUUGUGUAAUGAAAGUUUUGGUAGUGUUAGAGUAAAUGAACCCUUGAAAGACUAUGUGAGAUUUGAGUUCAUUGCUUUUGUUUAUUUAUUUUUUUAUAAUUUAAAUUGUAAUUCAAAGAAUGAUGGUAAUAAUAAAAGAAGAAAAGAUCAGAGUUGAACUGGGUUUUUUCUGCUUUUGCCCU